GGUCUACCGUGGCCUGCAGGAGCGCGUCCCGUCGGCGUUAAGACCCGGAGGCGCUCGGCCGCCCGGCCGUCAUUCACUUCCUCUUUCGGCUCGCUCUCUUUCUCUCCUCUGUGAUCAUGGCUGCGCUCAAACAUUACCAGCCAUGUUUGCAAAUCUGAAACCCAAAGGUUAGCGAUUUACCCGUUUAUUAUUUACAUCGCUUACACCCUCUUCAUCCACAUUGGUCCUUCGCCGGGGGGCCACAUUCUCAGUCUCCUGUGCGAUCGGCAGAUAUCAAGAUGGAAGCAAAUAACCAUUUUAACUACGGGCCUCACUCUUCUGUGUCAGCUAACUCAGGACUGAAGCAUUCCUCAGGAGAUUCUCUCUAUACUAACGGGUCCUCCAUGAGCUUCCCCCAGCAAGGGAAAAAUCUGAAUGGCGAAAUGAAUGUGAAUGGCAUCACUACUGCAGGUGGGAGCAGCCAGCCAGGCACCCACCCUCCCUCUUCCUCUUAUCCUCAUAUGAGCAACCAUCACCUCCCGGGCAGCAUGGGAUAUGAGUAUCUGUGGGGCCAGUCUCAGUACAACCCAGCGAUGGGGCCUGUCCCUCCCCACGGGUUGCACCAGAAGCCAAGCUCCCAGGGCGGGGUACAACCACAGCAGCCUCAGCACCACUUCCAGGGCCACGGACCGUACCAAGUCAACGGCAGUAUGGGACCGUCCCGGCAACCUCCGGGCGCUGGGCCGCAGUACUGGGGAAGGGGAAAUGCUGGGCAGCAGCAACAGCCGCAAGGGGGAUCUUCGAUGCCCAUGGGAUAUAACUCUCACGGCAUAUAUGGGACAUAUCCUAACCAGGGCAUCCCGCCGUCCCAGCAUCACCAGCAGCCUCCGGCCUUGCAGCACCAGUCUGCAACGGCGCAUCAUCUCCAACACCAUUCACACCUCCACCAACCUCAACACCAGCAACAACAACAGCAGCAGCAGCAGCAUUAUGGUAUGAUGCCUAAUGGAAUGCCGUUUUACCAGCAUCCGUCGCACCAGUCCCAACCGCAGGCCCAAAAUCAGUCUCAACCGCAGGCUCAGAUGAUACCACCUGCCACACAGAGCUUUACGCCUCCACGAGGAAGCCCUCAGCACCAUCUCGUGGGCAGUGGAGGAGGCAGAAGCAGUCCCCAUCACGUGCCGGUCCCAAUGAGGUCCCCUUCUGCUGUGCCUGAUAGUGGGUCGCCUAAGAGCAGAGACAUGCAAGUUCCUAUGAAUGAGCCCUUCAAAGAAGCAGAUAAAGGCUUCAAUGGAGUCGAGAGAAGCUCUGCACCCCAACGGUUGCCCAAAGCUGAGAGUUUUCCUGCAAAGCCCCCUAGCCUUGUUUCUUCUACCGACUACAACCAGGCUGCGCAGCUUCCAGCCUUGGACCUGGAGAAACCUGCAAAACAACAUCAGGAGAUGGGAGCUGUCGUAAAGGAGCUUAGUUCUUCCCCCGUCUCUGGACCUCCACCACCACUAGCUAGUCCACCUCGGAAAGCCUCGGCCCUCCCAGCGGUCUCUGGGCGGGAUUCGCAUUCUCCUUCGCCUUCAGGAUUUGCUUUAUGUUCUGGGGUCGGCGCAAGCGCAUCUGUAUCUCCACCAUCUCCACUUCAGACGGUCACAAGACCUGGAUUCUCCGGACCUUCAUCAGCUGAAGGAACACCUGGUACAACUUCAAUGUCUUCUCCUAAGAGCUCCAGAGCUGUUGUUUCCCACAACCAGCCUGUGGUGUUUUCUUCAAAGACCUUGAUGCAUCCUCCAACGCUGCCUCUGGCGGAGCCCCAGGGGUCAAAAAGUCCACAGGUUUCUCCGACACCUCUAUCUUUAGCUGCGUCUCCAUCUGUCGUCUCCGCUCCUCCUGCGUUGGCACCACUUAAAGGACCCCAAGAGGCAUCACCUCUAACAGGCCAGAGUCCUAAACAUCCUGCUGCUUCCUCGACUCCAACAUCUGUUGCCGAAAACGUCUCUCUACCAGCAGUCUCUGCACUUCCAUCCGUGGUCGCUGGUUCUCCUCAAGUUGCGGCUUUGGCUUUAUCCACACCACCUCCUGUUGUUAGCUAUUCUUCUCAGGCACCUCUCAAUGUUUCUGCUUCUCCAAUUGUAUCUCGUUCCCUCAUUGAUGUGGUGGCAAAUGUAGAUGUUUCUUCUCACGGUCCAGGUCAGGUGGCUUCUCAUGGUUUGGUACGGCACAGCUUUGGGGAAUCGCACUCUAGUCCGGUAAUUCCUGGUAAACAUGAGGCCUGUGGUUCCCAGAGUAAAGUCAUAAUGGGCACGUCCAACAAUGAGGCUCAAGCUGAGAUGCAUCAGGUGCAAAUUCAUGGUCGAAACCUUGAACCAGCUUUCGUUGUUCCAAAGGAACCUGAAAGAGACACUAGCAGUAUCAGAGAUCAGGCCGCCCCGAGGAAAGUAGAAAGCGAGGCUUUAAAUGAUACUUUUGGCACUGACACGUCACUGGACUAUCCGUCUUUGGCUGAGUCAACCUACCUUGAAAGCUCAAGAGCUGAGGAUGGGAGUUCAAUGAUGGACACUUUUGAUAAUUCUUUUAGUCUUUCCCAGACUGGAGACCAAUCAAAGUUUACAGAAGGAUCCAUGAUUGAUGACUCCAGGGACUUGCAGGACACUUCCUGUGGAGAAGAAAACUUGAACAGCUCCAUGACCUCGACCAGUUCCACCGAGGAGGCGUCUCUCAAAGAUAACACGUCUCUACUGGAUGACUCUUUGAACGACAGCUCACAAAACAGCUCGUCUUUGCUUUCUGCAUCUAUUAAUGCUUCUACACACUCUAUCAAAGGUGAUCAUAUUCUUGGCAUAGAGAAUGGACCUGAUACUUCAGACCUGUCUGGAGGUGACCGAAGAUCUGCGCUGUCUGUAAUGACGGUUAAAGCGCUGCAAGCGGUUGUAAGCGGUUCUGUGGAAGGGACGACCGCACAUGUGUCUGAAACCCUUAUCGCCAUGCCAACAAAAAAGCCACGGAAGCCUAAAACCCCAAAGACGACAGUUGCUACUGAUGAAAUUGGCUCUCCUGAUUCCAAGAUCAAGAAGCGAAAGUUGACACCUGACGGCCCGAAGCAAGAGAAAGUUAGGAGGAGAAAGAAAACAGAGGAUAAUUCACAGACCGCAGUGAAGAAAAGGAAAAUCUCUAAAGAGGCAAAGGAACAGGAGGGCGUCCCAACUGAUACCUCAACUCCUUCAAAUGCUCUGCCUCACCUUCCAAUUGAUCCAAUGACCUUUGUCCAAGUCUCAAGCCUGACCAAUACUGACAGCCCCAUGGUCCAGCCCAAGAAGAUCUGGAAGCGUAAGAUAAAAGAAGGUGUGAAUGAGGCAAAGCCUCCCAAACCAGCCAAAGAGUUCCCUGAAGGAAAAACUGAAGAAGAUGAUGAUGAUAACAGCUCCGCAGCGGGUGAUACCCCAAGGCGUCGGAUUGCAACUGAAGAGCAAGUCCAAUUUCCUUUGCAGCAUGGCUGGAGGCGAGAGAUUCGAGUCCGGAGGCUAGAGGACCGCCUGAAAGGAGAGACGUGGUACUAUAGCCCCUGCGGCCGGAGAAUGAAGCAAUUCCCUGAGGUCAUCAAGUAUCUGAAGAGGCAUCAGGAUGCCCUCCAGGGUGUUUCGAGAGAGCACUUCAGCUUCAGUCCACGGAUGCCAGUGGGCGAUUUCUAUGAGGAGCGGGAAACCCCUGAGGGUAUGAAAUGGUUCCUCCUUGCCAAUGAGGAAGUGCCCUCCAUGAUCAUGGCUAUAACAGGCAGACGUGGUCGUCCACCAAAUCCAGACAAAGAGCCUCGUUCCCGUGGCCGCCGAGCCAGAGGAGCCCAAGGUAGACGGCCAGGCCCUCCCAAGCCUAAGAUGGAGGAUCUGCUCAGCAAAGUGGACGCAAGGCUGCUGAAGAGACUGGAGGCAAAGGAGGAACUCACAGAGGAAGAAAAAGAAAAAUUGGUCAAGAUCAAGAAGAAAAUGAAGAGAAAGGCGAGACUGAAAAGAAAGGAGGAUGCAAAGAUUAAAAAGAUCCGACAGGAGAAACGGAAAGCCAAACAGCUGGAGAAAGCCAAAGAGCAAGAACAGUAUGAUGGAAAUCAGUCUCAAACUCAGAUCCAGUCAUCUGAAAGCCCUCUCGCAGCCGCAGAGGGGCCCAAGAAGCCUGGCCGCAGGAGGAAGAUCGCAGUAGCACCAGCAGCAGAGCCGUUGGACCUGGAAAAGGCCAGUCCCAUCAAGAAAGUGGCCCGGGCCCGCAGCAAAGCCAAGGCUCUGGCCAAAGCCCAGGCUCAAGCGGAGGCCGAAGCGCAGGCUGCGUUGGCGGCGAAGAGGCAGGCGGAGCGGAGAGCGCAGGCUCAGAGACGAAUGGAGGAGAGGAAGAGACAGAUGAUGAUCUUAGAGGAGAUGAAGAAGCCUGCAGAGGAUAUGUGUCUCCCCGACCACACGCCCCUCCCACAAUUGACACGGAUUCCAGGACUGGUGCUUUCGGGUUUGGCCUUCUCCAACUGUUUAAGGGUGGUUGAGUUCCUCCAUGGUUACGGAAAGAUUCUGGGGCUCCAGGUGCCCAAGGACAUUCCCAGCCUGAGCACCCUGCAGGAAGGGCUCCUCGGCAUGGAGAAGAGCCAAGGCGAGCUCCUGGAUCUGCUCAUCAAACUGGUGGAGGCAGCUCUGCACGAUCCUGGACUGCCCUCAUAUUACCAGUCUGUGAAGAUCCUGGGAGAGAAGCUGGUGGAUCUGGAGCUGAACCACAGCACUGUAUCCGAGGUGCUGCGGAUCUUUCUGGAAGCCCAUGGCUUUGAUUUGGAGGUGUGUAACAGUCUCCGUACAAAGAGCUUCCAGACCCUUAAACCUGACGUCAAAGCCUCCAUACUGGCCUUCCUGGUGGAGGAGCUCAACGCCAGCAACAUAAUCACCAGGGAGAUUGAUAACACGCUAGAGAACAUGGCAACCUACAGGAAAAACAAGUGGAUUAUAGAAGGCAAACUACGCAAACUGAAGGCUGCGCUGAUGCGUAAGACGGGCCGUCCGGAGGAGGAGCUGUGCUUUGAGGAGCGUCGGCGCAGUGCUCGUGUGGGCGUGGCUGAGGAGGAGAGCAUCGAGGAGAGCUGUGUGCUGGAGAGAGGGAGCCGCCGCAAAGCCAAAGAGGAACCCAAAACCACUGAGAUUGAGAGUCCCAAUACUUGCAGUGUUGCUGAGCUGGAGCGGCAGAUUGAUAAACUGGCCAAGCGUCAAGUGUUUUUCCGUAAGAAGCUGCAGCAGUCGUCUCACUCCAUGCGAGCGGUGUCUCUCGGGCAGGAUCGGUACCGGCGCAGGUACUUGCUGCUGCCUUACAUGGGAUGUGUCCUCGUGGAGGGAGCCGAGGAUAUACUGGCCUCAGGUGAAGCGACAGUCAGCGAUGAGCCUGUGACUUACGUGAAGGUCGUAACCCCAGUGAAGACAGAGGUUAAAUCUGAGCCUCCCCUCUCACCGGCUUUCGGCGCAUCUCUCCCCUCUUCUCCUCGAGCGUCUCAACUUUCUCCCACAGAGGCGGAUCCUCUACCCGGCGAGGCGUCUCUGAUGAGCAGCCCUCGAGGACGGGGACGCCCGCGUAAGAUCAAACCCGAAGUGGAGCUCCAUCUGCGAGCCGCCAAGAACCGGCGGCGCCGCCGUAGCAGCAGAUCAGGAGCUGAGGAUUCGGCCCUUAACUCCCCCGUUCUGGAUCCCGCUCAACCUGCUUUCCAAACGUCUCUCGAGCAGCCACAGGACGCAGAGGCCGACAACAGCGCGCCGAUCGCAGCAUCUGGAGACGGUCAGGGUGAGGAUAACGGCCCGCCGGAGGACAGCGUGAGGGAGCAGGCAGAGAAACGAGGCCAGUGGUUCAAUCUGUUGCCUAAGGAGCCGUGCGACGAGACGUCGAUCUCAGAGCCAUGCGAAAACACACCUGCGCCCACUUCAUCCCCCACUGAAGACACUCCAGCACCCCUCGAUUCUGACACGCUCGCUCCACCUCCACCGCAGUCUCCGUCAGCAGAGGUGCCAACUGAAGCUGCUGCUCCUCCUCCGCCGCCUCCUCCUCCUUCUAUUCCUGUUCCUCCUCCUCUUCCUCAGGUGUCCUCCACUCCAGCUCCCAGGGUCGGUAGGAGGCGCAGGAGAAGCAGCGGGGCAUCCCGGGCUCACUCUCGCUCCAGCGUGGCCAAGAGGCGUGGCAGACCUCCCUCCAGUCUCUUCCAAGAUGUUGAACUGAAGUACUUCACUCAACUGGUGGUGAAACCAAUUCCGUUAGAAAUGGUGAAGGGCUGGUGGUGGAUCAAAGAACCGGAGGAGCUGACAGCCAUUCUGAGCGCCCUCCACCCCCGAGGCAUUCGAGAGAAAGUGCUGCACAAACACCUCACCAAACACAUGGAGUAUCUGUCUGAGGUCUGCACGCGGACCGUCACCGAUCCCAUCUUCCAGAUGAAAGUGGAGGACGGCGAUGCCCUGCUGGAGGCGUCUAAACAGCUGUGGAAUGAGCAGGAGAGAGUCCUGCAGUUAGACAUCAGUGUUCUCCAGUGGGUGGAAGACUUGGAGCAGAAGGUCGUCGCUGCAGACCUUCAGCUCAAGGUGGCCCUUCCCAAUGGAGAGAGUGAAUCGGAGGCUAGUGAGGAAUCAUCAAACUCUCAAUUUCAGAUGUAUACCCCUCCCGAGGCGGACUCCACGCGGGAUGACCUGCAGUAUUACGAGCACGAAAUUGACCCCAAGGACGACUGGAUGGUCAAAACCAAGAAGGAAUGGUCCGACCUCCUGCGAGUUCCCAGCAACCCCUUGGACCUGGCCGUUCUCCGCUUGACUAAUCUGGAGAGGAACAUCGAACGGCGUUAUCUGAAGGAGCCGCUGUGGAAUCUGUCUGAGGUGGUGCGCUUGGCGCCUCUCACCCCUCCGCCCGGUGGAGAGGAGGUCCCAUUAGAUGCUGUUAGCUUGGAAAGCGAGAUCACACCCAGGUUGAGGACGUGGCGACAGGCCCUGGACCGCUGCCGCAGUGCGUCUCAACUCUCUCUCUGUCUGCUGCAGCUGGAGAAAGCCAUCGCCUGGGAAAGAUCCAUCGUCAAAGUGACGUGUCAGGUGUGUCGUAAGGGUGAUGAUGAUGAGUACCUGCUCUUGUGUGAUGGCUGUGAUCGUGGCUGUCACAUGUUCUGCCUGAGGCCAAAGGUCAUGCAGGUGCCAGAAGGCGACUGGUUCUGUCCCACCUGCGUUGCCAAGGAAAACGGUGAAUCUCCGAGAUCACAGCGCUCAUCACGGAAGAGAUCAAAGCUGCGGAAACGGCGUCUGGCAGAGGAUAGUUCAGACGAGGAUGAGGGGUACAAACGAGGCAUGACCACGCGGCAAAAAGACGCUGCAGCUUCCACAAGUGGGACAACCAUCUCACCCUCCAAACGUAGACGGAUGGCCACACGAAAUCAGCCUGACCUCACCUACUGCGAGAUCAUUCUGAUGGAAAUGGAGGCUCACUCAGACGCCUGGCCUUUCCUGGAGCCGGUCAAUCCCCGCCUGGUGCCUGGCUACCGACGCAUCAUCAAAAACCCCAUGGACUUCCUCACUAUGAGGGAACGACUUCUGCAGGGAGGGUACUGCAGCUGUGAGGAGUUUGCCGCCGACGCUCAGCUGGUGUUCAACAACUGCGAGCUCUUCAACGAGGACACGUCAGAAGUGGGCAAGGCCGGACACGCCAUGCGCCGCUUCUUCGAGAGCCGCUGGGCGGAGUUCUACGAGAACAAAGACAAAUAGAGACGCUGCCCUCUGCCGCAUGGGAGGAAGCAGUCGAACGCCACGCCCCCUUUGAUGCUACUACUAAAAACUCUGUCUGGAGAGCCAGUCCUCCAGUCCUCUGUAUGCAUACACAUGUAGAUAUAUGUAUAGAUUUGUUCUGUUCGUUUUACAAGUACCUGUUCGUCCCCCUCACUCGCCUUGACAAGGUUAAAGCAUUUCUGGUAUUACAAACGUCGCAUCUUUAUUCAGCUCCAUCCGUCACUCCUUCGGAGUAGAAGUACUUCUUCAGGACUUGAUCGGGUCACACUUGAUGUCACGUGUCGCAGACACACCUCUAUCAGGACGUUCUCACUCUUCGACCAUUUUACUCGAAGCCUUCUGCUCCGUGAUGUAUAGGUCGUGGACCACGCGUGUCCCCUUGAUUGAAAAUGUAACGUAACGUGCUUUCGAGACUAGAAGCAAUUUCCUCAGUAUAUUUUUUAUUAUAUGCUAUAUAUACACUUAAAGACAGAAAAAAAAUAGUCUGGAUUAUUUAAUAGCAAUAGACUGUAGUGAAUCUGUACAGACCACGUCGUAGAGAGAUGUAUAGGUGACUCAUGAAAUGGCCAGUAAACAUACUAUAUCACGUGUAACUCAUCACGUCUUUCGCUUGUAGAGUAUUGGUCUUACGAACUGGAGGAUUGACAUUUCACUAGGGUAUUUUUUUCUGUCACGCCCCCUGAAUCCAGAAAGCAAUCAGUGUUUGUGCAUAAGGAAAUCUGAUGUAAUGCCAACAGCAGAAAGGCCCGUUUUAAACUUCUUGUUUUUAAGCUCCGCUAGCUAGAUAGCCGUUUUCAAAGCUUUUGCUUGGUGUAUGACUAUUGUCUGUGGGGAAAAAAAACUUUAGACUGUAUUGAUAUUGGUUUAUAUGGAACGGAUAUGUACGUACUUAUGACAGUAUAGUUUUGUUUAGCGAUGCUUAUUCGCUGUCUCUUCAGUAUCUGGUUUGCUCUUGGUUUUCAUGAACAUGGCAGUUUGUUGGGUUUCUGAAACCGUCACAUCCUCAGAUGUUUAGGCUGUUUGUUUUAAAGAUGUGUGUGUAUGUGUGUGUUUGUUUGAACCUGGACCAACUCCCUUAAAAAGGACUUUUGUUUUGUUUUUUUUUGUUUUUUUUUACACUCAUCUUUUGACAUUAACCAUGCUUUCUCAAAUUAAAAAAUGCCUUGCAUCAUUACUGGUGUAACUGACCCUUACGUUUUCCUCACAUUCACAAUUUUUCUUAGUCAGAAACAGUGCACUGAGUAUAGGAGCGUCGUAGAGCACACUAUUCAUGUUCGUUUCCCAUGUUUCCAUACACUGAACUCGAUCCGCGCGGUAGGAAGUGCGCCAUUCGCUCUGUGUUCCUCAUCGUACAAAAGGGACAUGUUUGCUUCUCUUUUUUUACAGACGGUAAAACCUGAAGACAGUACUAGAAAAUUCAACCAAAUGUGGUGUCUAGUGAAUUUUUAAUAAUGUACAGUUUUUGUGACUUUAAAUUUGUUCCUUUCUAUAUUUUUAGGACCAAUAUAUCGUUUUUAAGAGGCGACAUUAAAUGACCAUGUUGUUUCAAGGUAAUGUAACACACGUGCAUCUGUAGAAUGUACUGUAAGCGGAAAUAAAAACACAUCUAGUAGACGAAAACUUGUCUCCUGACUUUAUGAACUUAAUUGUCUGGUAAUGAAGUUUCAUGUUUAAGCAGUAUCACACAAGCACUGAUGAUUGCAGGUGUGAUAUUGCUUUUACACAAUAAUUUAUGUUUUAUACAUAAUAUUUGCAGUUACAGUUUGUCGAUUUUUCUCCAGCACCAAAAAUAGUCAAAGGAGAAUCAUUGCG